AUGCAACAGAAGCUGGACACCAGCAUCUGGGUGGGUAUCAACGAGGGCCUCCUGCGUCGCAUCCUCUGCUUUUCAAUUCUGCAGCAACGACCCGAUGCGCUAUCGACACUCUCCGCCACGCAGAUAAUCACCGGUAUCCCGUCUCUUUACCACCACUGGGCGUACAGCAACCGGCGGUGGGGGGGGCAGAGCUCGGCUGGUUCCAAGGAGAUUCAGACAUUGUUGCUGCUGCUUCGAUCCAAAUCCCCGGAUAACGCAGCCCAGCUUGCAGCGACUGUGAAGAUGGUGAAUAAGUGCUUUGUGAGAGUCCUUCGGCUCUCGGAGCCCAUCGAUACCGGACGGCCUCUCUCGGUUUACGGCAUUGAUUCCCUGGCGGCUGUGGAAGUCCGAAACUGGCUUCGAGUUGAACUUGGGGCUUUAGUAACUACAUUGGAUAUUCUGAACGGUUCGUCGCUAAUCGCUCUUUGCGAGAAGGUUGUAGCGAAAGUGACCACUCCAUAG